GAGAAAAGAGGAAGCACGACCGUAUAUUAGAGAAACAAGGAAGCGUGCUUCGCAAUGGACUUUUAUCUCUCUCUCCUCCUAAUAAAUACUGACCAGUGUCUUCCUUGAGAAGAGAAAUAAAGUCGCCUCUUUUUUUUUUGUUUGUUCUGUGGAAGGUAGCAAGCAGAGAGCACUAUAAGCACAUAUCUCGAGAGAGUACACAAAAGAGUUAGUUCUUCAGACAAGCUCGAUGGAUUACGGAGAAGAUGGUGGCUCUUCGUGGGAUUGGCAAAUGAAGAACUAUGAUCACCAACCACAGUCUACUUUCCCUGAUGAUGUGAUCAUGACUGAAGUCACGUUAAACCAAGAAGACCACUCUUACAUGUUUGAUGAUGAAUCCACCCCUGUUAAGGCCUGUACCGAGCUCGGUUAUCAUGUCACAACAGAUGAAACGAUUAAGAAGCUGGAAGUGCAAAGUGAGACACGCUCUGCUGUAAAGAGGCGUCGGAUGUUACAUUUCGAUGACCAGCAGCCUAUGGAAACAUCCCUGUUCAGCUCUGAGUGUUUCUCUUCAAUCCUUAAAUCAAGCGCUAGAGAGGAAGCAUAUGGUGAUCUUUUACCCGAAGGAUCUCAGCUUAUACAAGGGUUUUCAGAGGAUGCUUCUGCCUCAAGCUUAGAGGGUCUUGAUCUGUAUGCAGAGGAGUGGUACACUGAUUGCUUAAAUGAUCCUGAGACUCCAACCCUACCUGAUGACUUCUUGGGUUCCCCUGAGGUCCAAAUAGAUGUUUCAGAGUACUUAAACGUGCCACCAGAAACAGAAACCAGGGAAGUUAGGAGGCCAGUGACUCGAUCCUCUCCAAAUGUUAUCUUUAAAGCAGGUAGGAAAUCAUUUGCAAGGCCGGUUCCAAAGCUACCAUCUUCCAUCAUUUACCCAUUUGCAUUCAUCAAACCGUGUGGGGUUCAUGGAGACAUGACUCUCAAGGACAUCAACCAGAAAAUCCAAACUCCAGCAGCAAAACCAAAGGAAGACAAAUCAGAGCCUCCAGUGAUCCAAACUUCAGCCUUCUCAGGGAAACCAGUUGUUGGGAAGACUAAAAUCCGCACAGAAGGAGGCAAAGGAAGUAUCACAAUCAUGAGGACGAGAGGCUAAAGCUCUGAAGUUACGUUAAAGAAAAUCUAAACUUUUUUGCCUUAUUCUCAGAGGGCCCUUCACCUAGUUCCAGUUACAGUCAAGAAGGAGGGGUCUUUAAGCAAAGUACAGCGGCUAAUAUUAUGAAUCAAGUUCUUGUUUUCAUUUUGGUAUCUGUUGAAAGGAUCUGUGAAGCCACAAUGUGGUUAGGAUAUUUUUUGGUUUGUAUAAAAAGUCUCUUGUUCUUAAUGUAGUUGGGAAACUCUUAAUAUCCAAAACUUUGUUCAUGUC